AUGGCCGGCAUCAAGUCUCUUGCCCUUGUUGCGCUUGCGAGCCAGGUGUCGUGGAGUGAUGCCGCUGCAAUCGAUGUCAGGCAAGUCCCCGCCGGCUAUGUUGCGGCGUCUUACUACCCGGCGCCGUUCGGUGGCUGGACGGCGGACUGGGCGGACAGCUAUGAGAGAGCGAAAGCUCUCGUUGACAGGAUGACGCUGGCUGAGAAGACCAACAUCACUUCUGGCUCCGGCAUUUUCAUGGACUCAGCAACCGGCGUCCGCCAGGCCGACAACGUCACGGUGUUCCCGUCCGGUAUAACCACCGGGGCCACCUGGGACAAGGACUUGAUGUACGCUCGAGGAGUGGCCAUGGGGAAGGAGUUCCGUGGCAAGGGCGCCAACAUAUAUCUUGGACCGAGCGUGGGUCCCAUCGGCCGCAAGCCGAGGGGCGGUCGAAACUGGGAAGGCUUCGGCGCCGACCCCGUCCUGCAGGGCAAAGCCGCUGCGUUGACUAUCAAGGGCGUCCAGGAGCAAGGUGUUAUUGCUACUAUUAAGCAUCUUAUUGGAAACGAGCAGGAAAUGUACCGCAUGUACAAUACGCUCCAGCAGGGCUACAGCUCCAACAUUGACGACCGCACUCUGCAUGAGUUGUACCUUUGGCCAUUUGCAGACGGCAUCCGAGAAGGAGUUGGCGCCGUCAUGACGGCUUACAACGCGGUCAACGGAUCCGCCUGCAGCCAGAACAGCUAUCUGAUCAACGGCAUCCUGAAAGACGAGCUCGGUUUCCAAGGAACUGUGAUGUCUGACUGGUUGGCUCACAUGUCCGGAGUUGACUCUGCUCUCGCUGGUCUCGACCUGAACAUGCCUGGCGACACCCAGAUCCCCCUAUUCGGUUACAGCUACUGGAUGUACGACCUCACGAGGUCGGUGCUCAACGGCUCUGUCCCCAUGAGCCGUCUUAACGACAUGACUACGAGAAUCGUGGCAACCUGGUACCAGAUGGGCCAAGACCAGGGCUUCCCCAAGCUCAACUUCGCCACGGGCACUCGGGAUCGUGAGGGGCCUCUGUAUCCGGGAGCAUGGCCCUUCAGUCCCAGCGGCGUUGUUAAUGAGAUGGUCCCAGUUCAAGAUGACCACUACCUCGUUGCUAGGCAGGUUGCUCAGGAGGCCAUCACUCUGCUCAAGAACGCGGACAGCCUUCUACCCAUCACAACAUCAGCCCCGAUCAAGGUCUUCGGCACUGAUGCCCAGACAAACUCUGACGGACCCAAUGCCUGUGCCGAUAGGAGCUGCAAUAAGGGCACGCUCGGUAUUGGCUGGGGUUCCGGAACCGUCGACUACGUCUACCUGGACGACCCCAUCACUGCGUUCAAGAAGAGAGCCAGCAACGUCACAUUCUACAACACCGACAGCUUCCCGUCAGUCCCUGCGCCCACCGACAACGAUGUCGCAUUUGUCUUCAUCACUUCCGACUCGGGAGAGAACCAGUACGUCGUCGAAGGCAACAACGGUGACCGGAGCUCAUCUGGCCUUGACGCCUGGCACAACGGCAACAAGCUCGUCCAGGACGCCGCCGCCAAGUACAAGAACGUCGUCGUGGUCAUCCACACCGUCGGCCCGAUCGUGGUCGACUCCUGGAUCGAUCUCCCCAGCGUCAAGUCCGUGCUCGUUGCCCACCUCCCCGGCCAGGAGGCUGGCGAGUCGUUGGUGAAUGUCGUCUUUGGUGAAGCUUCUCCCUCCGGCCACUUGCCCUACAGCAUGACGAAGCAGGAGUCUGAUCUCCCCGAUUCCAUAACGAAGCUCACCGGCGGCUCGACCGGCCAGCCUCAGGACACGUACACUGAGGGUCUCUACAUCGACUACCGCUAUCUCAACAAGAACAGCAUCAAGCCGCGCUUCGCCUUCGGCCACGGGCUCAGCUACACCAACUUCUCCUUCACCGACGCAAGUAUCAGCUCCGUCGGAGCCCUCAGCGCCACCCCUCCCGCGCGCCCCGCAAAGGGUGACGUGCUCGUGUACGACGCCCCCAUUCCCGACUGGACCGAGGGCGUCGUUCCCUCCGGCUUCAACAAGAUCUUCCGGUACAUCUACUCCUGGUGCACCGAGGGCGAGGCGAAGCAGGCCGUUGAGGACGCCAAGACCAAGACGUACCCGUACCCUCCGGGCUACAGCACCACCCAAAAGCCCGGCCCCGCCGCUGGCGGUGCCCAGGGCGGCAACCCCGCGCUGUACGACGUGAUGUUCACCGUCUCCGUGAAGGUCACGAACACCGGGUCCAAGUACUCGGGCAAGGCCUCGGCGCAGGCAUACGUGCAGUUCCCCAGCGGCGGCCCCGAGACCCCGGUGAUUCAGCUCAGAGACUUUGAGAAGACCAAGAGCCUGGCGCCUGGUGAGAGCACCACGGUGCAGCUGCAGUUGACGAGGAAGGAUUUGAGCGUGUGGGAUGUGGUCAGCCAGAACUGGGUGAUCCCCAACACCCAGGGCAGGUACAAGAUUUGGGUUGGUGACGCGAGUGACCGCUUGUUUUUGGCGUGUUAUACCGACUCCAAGUCGUGCGAGGGAGGUCUCACUAGUCCUGUCUAA